GACCCUUCCAGGAAUAUAAUCGUCUCCCUUUGCUUCCUACGACUGCAAGGACGUUUGAUCACCCUCAGAAAAUUGAACUCUUUAUAAUUAUCUUCCUCCAUAAAAUGCCAGGCGUUGCAUUCCAGCUCCGUGUAAUAUGCACUCUUCUUGCAGUGCAAGGCGCUCUCGGUUCCCUACGAGCGUUCAACUUCACAGUUCAUACCGCCCAGCGCAGCCCAGAUGGGUUUUCUCGUGAAGUCUACUUAAUCAAUGGACAGCAGCCCGGUCCAAUGAUUGAAGUUGACGAAGGGGAUGAUGUGGAGGUGUUCGUUCGCAAUGAGUUGCCAGUUAGCACUACUAUCCAUUGGCAUGGUAUGUUAUCGUCAAAGUAUAUGUGGCGGCUCAACUAAGCACAUGAAUUCAGGGAUACUACAACGUGGAACACCGGACAUGGAUGGGGUCCCAGGAGUAACUACCAAAUACCCCCUGGAGGGAAUUUUACAUACCGAUUUUCCGUGAAAGACGAGUACGGGUUUUACUGGUAUCAUUCUCAUUUCCGCGCUUACUACAACGAUGCUAUACGGGGCCCCCUCAUGAUCCGGCCAGCACCCUCUCGUCGCCGACCGUUUGAAGACAUGGCUGCAGGCACGGUUGAGCGUGAACAGCUGCUACAGGCUGAGAGAGAUGCGGUAUCUAUCCUCCUGAACGACUGGACACACGAUCUGUCGGACACAAUC